AUGUAUGUCAAGGUGGUCAUGUGCGACGAGCAGAUUGACGGCGUCAAGCAGUCGGCCGUCGAGAAGGACUACUCUGAGACGGGCGCCUCGGAGAACCGCGACUCGGCCUACGGGCCGUCCACCAACAACCAGCAGAGCUGCAGCACCGGAGCUGCCAGCAGGGAAUGCUUCUCGCAGGAGAACAGCGCGCUCCCCAGCGGCAGCGAGACGAGCUCGCUGGGGAAGCACCGCAAGAGCCGACUGGUGCAGUCGGCCGGCUCCUCGUCGGCCCAGUCUUCUGAGAAGCCGAGCAAUCGGCUGACCACACGGGCCACCACCGACUCGGAGGAGGGCAAAAGCGCCGAGGGUGCCGGCCAGGGGACGUUACAACGAGAAGCAUACCAACAUGUCAUAUCGUAUAUUCGGAAAAUCGUGCAAUGGGAGAAAGACUCCAGUCCGGGCCUGUUGACGCCCUUGGAGGAGGACGAGGGCGCCGCUCCAGCCACCAGCGGCACUCCGCCCGCGCGACUGGAGGUGCUGGUCGGCCUGCGGAAGGGCACGGUGGUGGAGACGUCGGGCAGCAUGAUGGAGCUGCUCGGCUACCCGGCCGACAUGUGGCUGGGCCGCAGCUUCAUCGACUACGUGUACCCCAAGGACCGCGCCACCUUCACCAACAGUAUCAGCAGCUUGGGCUUCAACGUGGGCGGCACAGCCGGCAAAGCGGCAGAUGGCGCCGACUCGUGUCAGCUGUUCUGCCGUCUACGUCACUACCGCGGCCUCAAGUCGGUCGGCUUCAACGUGGUCAGUCGCAGCCACAUUUACAAGCCGUUCCAGAUGCGCAUCAUCUUCUGCGACGACAAGACGGAGGAGCAGAACGGCAGGGGGCCGUGCAUCCUGGUGUUGGCUGAGCUGCUGGAGUCGGCGUACCGCCCGGCGCCCGACGGCUCAGACCCGGUCAAUCGGAACAUGGCGUUCUCAAUGCGCCACACGGCCUCGUGCCUGGUGGACCAGUACGACGCGCAGGGCAUCUCUCUCCUCGGGCACCUGCCGCAGGACGUGGUCGGCCACAGUAUCGUCGACCUCUACCACCCGGACGAUCUGCCCGCCCUCAAGGACGUCUACCGGCGAG